UUAUCUGUUUACAGUUUAUUCGCUUCGCGAGAUGUCAACAGGUUGCAAACAAGAUUAAGUAAACAAUUUACUUGAGAAACCAGAUAAGACGCAGAGUAUUGUUAAUUAUAUAUUAAUGUCUAUUUUGGUCGAAGAGUUUUCCGCGGGAAGCUUCAACGGAUAUAAUAAUACCGUCACGGCCUUGCACCACGGCCGCAAUCGUAUCGAUUUACUCUGUAUGCGUAAUAUUGAUCUCGACUUGCUCGCCUGACUAAAAAGUGUCUCGUGCUCUGUGGCCUGCAAGUUACAUCGCAAGUUUCAAACAACUCUAUCUUUCAUUUAUUUUUAUCGCAACGAAGAAUCAAUAAUUACAGAAAAGUGUUGACGAUAGCGAGUAAAAAAGUGUGCUGUUUCUUGGGGCCACAGAUUGCGGGCGCACUCCGCGAUCUUGUGAAGGCGAAGAAAUCGAAUUAUAAGUAUCGUCUGUCUCUAUUAUUAAAUUUUAUUUAUAUAAUAAUAGCAUCGGAAUUAAUGUCGAUACGAUUGCUUCACGCAAGCGUACAGCAUGUAAUAGUUAUUUGUAUGGUCGAGCGUUGCUAAGACUACGGCUGAGUCCUUGUCAUCGACAGGGCAUCGUGAACGACAUCGUCAAGAACAACGUGCAUACAACGUAUAUACACGGCCUAUGCCGCGCUAGCGAUAUAUGCCCACGGCAUACCGUAACUGUGUACAGAGAUCGUCGAAAGUGCCGUGUUCCUCGACGAGUCGCGUUCUCCCUUUUACUUUUCUGUUGCCCACCGUCGCACAAAAAUGGGAAGUGCUGUCGACCGUGAUUACGGUGUUUGCAUUAGGAUCGGACUGUAGCGGGGAUCCUUGCAUGUAUGGGAUCUGUUUGGACAACGAGAACAGCACUUAUUCUUGUUACUGCAUCGAUGGUUACACGGGAAUUAAUUGCGAAAUUAAUUGGGACGAAUGCUGGUCAGAUCCUUGUCUUAAUGGUGGCACAUGCAACGACGGCGUUGCCGCAUAUAAUUGCACCUGCCCCGACGGUUUCGUAGGUGUGAAUUGCGAGCAAAAAUAUAGCGAGUGUUCGAACCACCCGUGCCUCAACAAUGGUACCUGCGUCGAUCACGACGGUAUCACUUGCCAGUGCCUGGAUGGAUACUCAGGUGCAACACGCGUGACGGCAAACGUAUCCAAGAAAUUUCCAUGUUGUUACUUUCUUGUUCUCUUUCCAGGAGAAUAUUGCGAGAUUGACGCCUCGGUCUGCAACGAGACAAUGUGCAAAAAUUCCGGCGAAUGCAUCGAAGGGCCCGGCUUCUCCUUCUAUUGUCGUUGUCGCGAAGGAUGGACCGGUCUCCUCUGCGAGGUGGAUGUCGACGAAUGCUUGGAGUCACCAUGCAGAAACGGUGGUCUCUGCAUCAAUAUUCCAUCUUCCUACACUUGCGCUUGUUUAUUCGGUUUUACUGGCAAGGAUUGUGACAAGGCAAUCGUGCCAUGCAAAGAGAAUCCUUGCCAGAACGGAGCAGUGUGUCUGCUGGAGGACGACCAUCCAGUUUGUUAUUGCGUGCCCGAUUAUCACGGUGCACUUUGUGAGCUAAAAUACGACGAUUGUGAAUCGAAAUUCGCUCGAUGCGACAACGGAGGCACCUGUAUCGACGGUAUCAACAGCUUCACCUGUUCGUGUCCACCGAGCUACGGUGGUCCUAUGUGCGAGUAUAGUUUUACGACCACUCUAGAAGUGAAAGACACAUCUGAACAGGGCACGAGUCUAGUUAGAACUACAACUGCCAUAGUUUCGCCUAAAGAAUCAACUACGAUGGAUACGUCUCUAUCUCUAUCGUCCACAUCAACUAUCAGCUUUGCCGUUUACUCGACGUCCCCGAGAACAAGUAGUUCACCUUAUACAAAGAGAUAUACGACUAUGGAGAAAACUACGACGUCCAGAUACGAGGGCGAGGGUUCUAGUGUCAGCGGUGAUAGUAGUGUUUUUCUCACUGAAGCUCCAUCGACAAGUUCGACUCGAGACGAUCUCAUUACGUCCUCGGAGCCCAUAACGGUGUCGUCCGCUGUUACCGAAGACUAUUUCCAUAAGACUGAAACAGAAAGUACUGAAGUUUACUUGCCAACCGGAAGGUCGAUCCACGAUGGCGAAGUUACUAAGGAGCCUGGUGGCCAUGAUCAAAUAACAAAGAUACCUUCGCCGUUUUCUAGAGUAGACGAAGAUGUAACGGAGUACACGACAAGUUAUCGACCUACAAUGGAUAUGGGUGAGGGCCAAAAGGACGAAAGGACUAAUGUCACAAGUGCCAUCAUGGAUCGCACUACCGAUGUAACGCUUUCCGUUGAUACGACUUUCCGAUACAUAACCGAUUCCGUGCAAAACCGAACGUUCGAUCUUGGAACUACGAUUCUGGAUACGCCAAGAACUGUUCUACCCUUAACUACCUCAUCGACACUGCCAUCGGUAUUAUCUUCGACCAUGAGAUUUGAUACUUCCACGGUGUCCUCUCCGUUAACAUCUACCAGUGUGUCCUCGUCAAGCCAAGCUACUGUAACCGGCAUCGAAAUUAAUACCACAGAAAUCGGUGCUUGUCGUGGAAAUCAGUGUUCGACGAGUACUACCGCGUUAACUCCGCGAAAUGUUACCGAAUAUGCUGACGGGUGCAAGACAGACUCAACUAUUACACAAGCGGCCUUUAACGGCAAAUCUUUCGUCAGGCAACGCGUCGAAGUGAUAAUUACUGAAAAUAAGAGUGCGACGCUCCGAAUUUAUGUCAAGCUUAGGACGGCAUUUAAGAAUGGAAUUAUAUUGCACGUUUACUUCGACAAUGAGAGAUAUUCUUUGGUAUACCUGGAACUUGGAUCACUCAAGUUCCAAUUUUCUUGUGGCCUAGAAACUAUGUUACUCGGUGAAAUCGAUGCUACUAUCGAUAACGGAUACGAAGUGGACAUCGAUAUGAGCUUUCAAUACGUUGCCAAUGACGACAACGAGAAAUGUUUCGCCAAAUUGUUGGUCAAUGGCACUAUGGCCGUGACCGGCGAGCAAAUACUGCCACAGCGAGGAAUGGUCCCAAAAUACGCUAAUUUGUAUAUAGGAGGCAUUCCAUUAACAUUCUCGCAUUAUUUCCCUCAUGUAGCAAUGGGUUUCAUUGGUUGCAUGGAUUCCUUGAAGGUGAACGAUAUUACGCGACAUUUCAUACACGAUUCCAUAGAAACAUUCCAGAUCGAAGAAUGCACGUCGUUUUUGUGCUUGUCAAAUCCGUGUCAGAAUUUCGGCGCGUGUGAAGAAAGUGAAGGGAGAAUUCGUUGCAAAUGUAUAGCGGGGUAUACCGGGCCUUUGUGCGAACAUUCGGCAUGUAACGACAAUCCUUGCUCGAUGGGUGCGACUUGCGUAAGCUCGCCGGGGACUGGUUUCAUCUGCGUUUGUCCGCUCGGCAGUCGCGGGCUUUUCUGCGAAGAAGAUGCCAUCCUAGUGCGACCAGCUUUCUCGGUCCUCGUCCCCGGCUUUGCGUCAUACAUUGCUUACGGCGUGUCUACCUCGAUAAAGGACACAAUGGAGCUGAGGCUGCGACUCAUUCCGCGCACGAUUGAUCAAAUUUCUCUGAUAGCGUACCUCGGACAGAGAAGCUCGCGCCGUGAUGUCUCGGACCAUCUUUCGAUAACGUUCGUACGCGGCUACAUUAUGCUUACGUGGGAUUUGGGCUCCGGAGUACGAAGAAUCUUCACCAGCGAUUCGUUGACCUCUCUGAGCGUGGCAGGAUCGGCUGGUAAAAGUAAAACGUAUACCCUUCGAGUUGGAAGGAGAGGUAAGGAAGCGUGGCUCGCUGUAGAGGGUCUCAGAAACGUGACUGGUCAGGCGGUAGGAUCUAUGACUCAACUCGACGUAUCGCCUGUUCUCUAUAUCGGUGGUUACAAGUCCAAAAACUUUGAAACGUUGCCACACGACCUACCUCUUCACACUGGCUUCUCCGGGUGUAUAUUCGACGUCGAACUGCGUACAGACACAACGAUUCUUCCGCUGACCGGCUCUAGUCCUGCCACCGGCCGCGGCGUAGGCGAAUGCAAUCGUAACGAAUGCAUUCGCCAUUCGUGCAAGAACGGUGCGGUGUGUUUACAUCAUGGAGCGUCAUAUAGUUGCAUUUGUACAAAGGAAUGGGUCGGACCUGAUUGUUCCAUUCCUAUCUGAAUCGUCGCUGGAAACGAUCUUCUAGAUGCGCG